AUGCUCCCAACCAACAUCUCCCUCCACCCCGCCGUCCCCGCCGACGCCCUCACCCUCGCAAAACUCCACAACGCCGCAUUCGCCAACGAAGACCUCUUGGAAACCAUGUACGGCCCUCUCACGCAGGAAGACCCGCCCUUCGCCACCGACCUGGAGAAAAUGAUCCGCGACGAUCCACAUUCCCAGGUCACAAAAGCCAUCGACGACGAAUCAGGCCAGAUCGUAGGCUGGUCCCUUUGGAAUAUCUACCGCGACGUCGAGGCGCACGCGAAAGCAGAUGAAGAGGCGCGCAAACGGGCGGCCACACCGCCGGCGACGUCGCUGUGUCCGCAGGUGUAUCUGGAUUAUCAGGCUUUGAAGGCGAGGAUGAGGGCGAAGUGGAUUGGGGGGAGGCCGGCUGCUAUUCUACAAGUUCUGGUUGUUCAUCCAGACUACCAGGGUCGAGGGAUCGGGACCCAGUUGCUGAUGCUUGGGGUGGAAGAGGUGAGACGGCUGCGCUUGCCUGCGUGGUUGGAGGCUUCGCAGGCUGGGUAUAGUGUCUACAGGAGGUGUGGGUUUCGUGAUGCCGAACUGAUGGAGCUGGAUUUUACUAAGUAUGGGCUUAUGGGGAUGACGCAAGUUUAUUGUAUGUUGAUGGAUGAUGUUGAGAAGUAA